AUGGGACCUGGUAUGAUGCCCAACUUUCCACCCCCGCUACCGCCUGGAUGGUCCGAACAUACCGCUCCUGACGGCGUAACACGCUAUUACUACAACUCUCAAACCAAAGAAUCGACCUACGUCCGCCCCUCUUUCGCUCCCCUUCCACCCUCCGGCCCCCCUCCUCCCCCAAUCGCAGCCCCAGCGCUGUCCAUCGCCGAAAAGAAGAAGAAGAAGGAGAAACCAAAAGAUAAAGUUCCCGUCCCCGGAACGUCCUGGACCCGGAUCACCACGACCGAGGGGAAUGUGUUUUACUUUGAGAAGGAGAGCAAGCGGUCGGAGUGGAGUGUGCCGGAGGAGAUCCGAGCGGAGGUGGAGGAGUUGGAGAAGGAGGAGAAGCGGGUGAGGGAUGAGAAGGCGAAGGAGGAGGAGGAGAAACGGAAGGAGGAGCGGCUGGAGCGACUCAGGGAGCAGGAGAGGGUGAGAGUGGAGGUGGAAGAGGAGCGGAGAAAGAAGGGGGAGAAGCGGAAAGCUGGGGCGGAAGGGGGAAGUGAGGGGAAGGAGGCGAAGAAGGUGAAGGUGGAGGAUGGGACGGAGGAGGUUGAGGAGGAAUUGGCGGGGCCCAAAGAUGAGGAGGAUGAGGAGGCGUGGAUGAAGGCUGUGGCGGCGGAGUUUGCGGCGGCGGAUAAGAGCGCGGCGGAUCAGGAGAAGCAGGAUAAGGAGGAUACAGCCAAAGCCGAGGAAGAGGCAGCGAAGAAGGUCUUUGCGGUACCGGACAAGGUGGUUGUCUCUCCCGAAGAAGGCAGAGCUCUCUUCAAGGCACUACUCAUGGAAAAGAAGAUAUCCCCUUUCUCAACAUGGGAACAAUCCCUUCCCCUCUUCAUCAACGACCCUCGAUAUGUCCUCCUCUCCUCCCCCAAGAUCCGAGAAGAAGUAUACGACGAGUACUGCCGCGAGGCUGGGCGCCAGCGCCGACUCAACAAGGCAGGCCCCGCUGCGUCCGCUGCGGCCGCCGAGACGAAAAAGGCGGACCCGGAGCGCGAGUACAAGGCUUUGUUGAGAGAGGAAGUGACGAGUACCAGGACCCGCUGGGAUGACUGGCGGAAAAAGUGGAAGAAGGACCGAAGACUCUAUAGCUUUGGGAGGGACGAUAGGGAGCGGGAGAAGGUGUUCAAGCAGCAUCUGAAGGAGUUGGGAGAACGCAAGAGAGCCGACGCCCAACGAGCCGAAGCGGACUUUUUCGACCUCUUGCGCGAAUCCCCCAGCAUCACCUCUACCUCCGUCUGGUCCGAAGUCAAACGCCCACUCUCCUCGGAUGCACGAUACGACGCGGUCGGUUCCUCUUCACUCCGGGAAGAACUGUUUCAGACGUAUAUCGGCAAGAUUGCAUCGAGCAGCACGGCCGAGACGCCCGAGCAGGCUGCUGAGCGUAAGGCGGCGGAACGUAAAGCAAAGCAGGAGGCGAGUCUGCGGGAGCGGCAAGCGCAAGUCGGACAAGCGAUGGAGAAGGUGGAGAAGGAUGUGGGGAGGAGUCGGAAGGGUGCGGGGAUGGAAGAGGGGUCGAGGUUAUUCGGAAGUCUGUUGGUGGAUCAGAUCAGGGAUGCCGAGAUCACUUGGGAUUCCGCUAUUCAGAUCCUCUCGCCAGAUCCCCGCUUCAACCAUCCCGCCCUCCACCCAAUGGACAAGCGCCGACUCUUUGACGCGCACAUAGGCCACCUCGCCGGAAAACGCUCCAACGCCCUCUUCCAACUCUUCACCACCCACACCACCCAACUCGACACGCCCUUCGACGCCGUCUACCCCAAAAUCAUCGACGACCCCAUUGUCCAGCGCCUCGGACUCGACGUCAAUAGCCUCGAAGAUCGCUGGGCGGGCUGGAUGGCCCACCGGACCCAAGACGCUCGACAACAGUUUGAUGUCAUGCUUGGCGAGAAUAGCUUUGUCGAGUUUUGGGGCAAGAUGAGGAAGAAGAUGGUGGAUGAGGAAGCGGCGGCUGCGCUCAAGGAGGACCCGACGGAGAAGGAGGAAGGGGCGGAGGAGGAUGAUGAGGGUAUGGGAGAUGGAGGAAAGGCGGAUCUGACGCAGUUGGCGCAGCAGAUUGAUCUGAAUGAGAUCAAGGCUGUGUUGAGGAGAGAUAAGCGGUAUCGCCAGUUCGAUCACAUGCCGGAAGAGAGGGAAGAGUGGAUCAGGGAGUAUCUUGAAAACCUGGAAGCUGCGUCGGGAUCCAAGACCAUCCAUCAAGUUGGAUAG